UAUGACCACCACUUCUUCAAGAAGGUGCCACACGGCGCGGAAGCAGUGAAUAUAUUGGUAGGGGAGACGUACUUUCUGCGUCACCCAGUAGCGGCUUUUGUGCGCUUACGAGAGGCCUGUCGCCUGGGCGAGAUGACAGAGGUCCCAGUGCCCACGCGCUUCAUGUUCAUCCUCCUCGGCACGGCAGGCAACGGGGCCAAGUACCAGCAGAUUGGGCGGGCCAUGGGCACCCUCUUCUCGGAUGAGCCUCCUUUUCUCUCUUUCCUGUUCAUCUCGCCACCUGUAUUAUCUACCCUAUCAUUUGAAAUUCAUCCACUCAUAGAUGGCGCUUCUAAUGAUCCGUGGGAAUCUAACUUUUCUACCGAUCCUUAG